UGUGGACGAAGUGAUGUGGACUGUGGUUGAUGUGAUAGUUAAAAAUUAGAAUAUUCAAUACCAAUGGUGAGUUGAGUGGUUAUGGCUUGCCGGUUAUUUACAUUUUUGCGAAUUCAAAAGAAUUAACAAAAAUGUAUUAAAAUCUGGACUUUUGUAGUAACUGAUACAUUCAGUCAAUUUUAAUAGUUAUAAGAGCUGACAAUUAAGAGGAAAUGUCUCGUGUGUUUAUAGUUACAUUCCUGUUAUGCUUGCAUUUAUUAGAUAGUGCUACAGGCCUGGGAGAAAUUAUUUACGCUAUAAAUGCCGGUGGUCCAUCGCAUACUGAUAUUUAUGGUAUUCAUUAUGAAAAAGAUCCAUUACAAGGCAGAGUGGGAACUGCUUCUGAUUAUGGAAAGCAACUUGUUAUGAUAGGAAGGGUUAACUCCAAAGAUGAAAUAUUAUACCAAACCGAAAGGUACCACCAUAGUACUUUUGGUUACGAUAUACCAGCGAAUAAAGAUGGUGAUUAUGUUCUUGUGCUCAAAUUUAGUGAAGUCUACUUUAAUGCUCCUAACAUGAAAGUUUUUGAUGUGGUUUUGAAUGGUGAUCAUACAAUAGUAGCUGACUUGGAUAUUUUUGACAAAGUUGGUCGUGGAGUUGCACAUGAUGAAUACAUACCCUAUUUUAUAAGAAAUGGUAAACUAUAUUAUAAUGAUGAAGAGUCCGAUAUAAGGGGUGGAAAAAUUAAAGUGGAAUUUAUCAAAGGUUAUAGAGACAACCCUAAAAUUAAUGCAUUAUAUGUGAUGAGAGGAACAAUAGAUGAAGUACCUAAACUACCUCCAAUAGUCUGGCCGGAAUCAGAGAGUGAAGAGCCCCGAGAAGAAGUGGAAGAAAAGAAUACCAAAACCCGAAGGGCUAGCGGUCCCAAACAACCAGAUCCAUAUUUCAUGGAUGAUAGUUCAGUUUUAAUACCAGUGUUUAUAACUAUAGGUGCUUUUAUUCCUUUACUAUUUUGUCUCUGUAAACUUUAACAUUUACAUUGACUGUAAUUUUAAAAGAACUACUGUUUAUUCAUUCUUAAAGUGUUGCUUUGUUAUUUUGUAAAUUUAAUAAAUUAUAACAAAAUAUUAUUUUACAUUUUUCCUAAACUAAAGCUCAAGCCAAAUAGUACAAAACGAAAUAAAACACUAGUGCCCGUCCCACAUAGAGUAUAAAUUAAUAAACAUUAAAUAUUUUAUAAGCACUAUUAACUGCAUAUGCACAUAUGGAAAUAAAUGUUUAAAAAUA